UUCUCCUGCCUCUCUCCCUCCGCCUGCCUCUCUCUCUCUCUCUCUCUCUCUCCCUCCCUCCCUCCUCCUUUCCCUCCUCCUCCUGCCGAGCCCACAGAGCCGCCGAGGCGGUGCAGGCGGCGCAGCCCCGUCUCUCUCGGCUCGCUGCGCGCAGCCCCCGGGCCCGGUGCCCAUCGGCCGCCCCCGCCGCGGGGAUGCUGCCGGGCGGAGCGCCGGGGCGCUGAGCCGCCCCUCGGGCCGCGACAGCGGGAGCAGCGCCGCGGGUCACCUUGCAGCGAGGACGAUGGGAGCCACUGACCCGGCGUGAGCCCCAAGGCCCAGCAAAGCCACGGCCCUCGGACAUCUCRCAGCAUGGAUGGCGUGGUGGAGCAGAGCAGCGUGCUGCUGCACAGCAAGAUCUCCGAGGCCGGCAAAAGGAACGGAUUAAUUAACACCAGGAACUUGGUGGCGGAGGGCCGGGAUGGCCUGGUGUCCGUGUACCCCGCGCCCCAGUACCAGAGCCAGCGGGCGGGCGGCCUGGCGUCCCCGAGGCGGCCGGAGAACGGCCGCAGCGACCCCGUGCAGCAGCUGCUGGACCCCAACACGCUGCAGCAGACGGUGGAGAGCCACUACCGGCCCAACAUCAUCCUCUACUCGGAGAACGUGCUGCGCUCGUGGGGAGAGGGCCUGGGCCCCGAGUGCUGCGAGACCACCUUCAUCGAGGAGCGCUCGCCCGCCAAGGACAGCCUGGAGUACCCCGAGGGCAAAUUCAUCGACCUCGCCGCCGACGACAUCAAGAUCCACACGCUCUCCUACGAGGUGGAGGAGGAGGAGGAUUUCCAGGAGCUGGAGAGUGACUACUCAAGUGACACGGAGAGUGAAGACAACUUCCUGAUGAUGCCACCRAGGGAUCAUCUCGGCCUCACUGUGUUCUCCAUGCUCUGCUGCUUCUGGCCACUGGGAAUUGCUGCCUUUUACCUGUCCCACGAGACAAACAAAGCAGUAGCCAAGGGGGAUUUCCACCACGCCAGCUCCAGCUCCCGGCGAGCUCUSUUCCUGGCCGUGCUGUCCAUCACCAUCGGAACCGGCAUCUACGUCGGGGUAGCCGUGGCUCUUAUUGCCUACCUGUCCAAAAACAACCACCUAUGAGCCUCAGGAAAGGGGGAGGAACCAGCCAAGCCCGGCUCCUGCACUGCAGAAGUCCCCAGCACGUCAGACUGCGUGGUUUCCCGAAAAGAGACGGACAUUGGUGGGGGCAGGUCCAGGAUGAGGUGGGCUCGUGCAUUGUCGUGGGGUGGGGAAGCUGGCGGGGCUGGGGGGAGGUUCCACCAUUUGUGAUGCACAAGUCUUGCUUAUCUUCAUCAACCCCUGUAUGGAAAAAAAAAAAAAAAAAGGGAAAGAGAGUGCAAAAGAGAGCAAAGAAUGAAAAAAAAAAAUAAAAGGAAGGAAGAUGGGGGGAUGUGUGGAGAAGGGUGUUUUGCCUUUGCCUUCUUUUCAAUAUGGUGUUUACAAGCAUCUGGCAAACUGAGCUGUUCUCUUGGUACCUUCUUGGUCACCUGGACUUUGCAGCCAGCAUCAGCUUGUGCUUAAUCAGCUCGUUAAGCACGGCACUGAGAUCUGGGACAGCAUGGACAGUGACUGGUUCUCUGGAAGAGCAAUAUAAAACUGGAGAGGAAGGACAUGGCUUGUUUUGUCAUUUUGAACGCAGGACUCAUUUGCCUAAGAGUGAAUCGGACACCUCAGCACAGAGCGGUGUUGCCUACUCUUCCUGCUUGGGGGUAGGUUUCCAUGGCAGGAGAGAAGGAAAUUAAAAAUAUUUUUCCUUCCUGUCCUUGUUUUUGGAUUAAGGUGCACCCCACAGAGAACAGCUGAGGUUCCAACUGCAUGACUCGGCUCCGCGGGCAGAGCGUGAUUUCGGAAUAACGUGAGACCCGCUGUAAAAUUAAUUCCUCCAUCCAGUCACAUUGUGGUAACAGCACUUUACUGUGGCAUUAUUGCUCAUCUGGGUUGCUCCACCUUGCCGUGGAGACCUGCACAGCAGUCCGUGCGAGAAACCUGGGGAAAAAAAAUGCAAACUGAGAUGCUAAUAAAUUUUUAAUUAAAAAAAAAAAAAAAUCAUGGUAAAGCAUGGGAAUUAACCAGAGAAAGGAAUGCUUCAUACAUUUCUGGGGCCCUGCUCAUACACAGACCAGUGAAGGUCACUCAGAUCAGGAGCUCCCAGCUCAGCUGUGGAUCAGGGACACRGCAUAGCCAUGGAGAGACAAGUCUGUUCCCCGAUAAGCAGAGCAGUGGUGAAUUGCAGGGGAAUUGAGCCUUGUCCUUACUUCACUGACUGAAAUGAUAAAUUUAUUUUCUUCUUUACUCGCUCCCCACACUCAACUGGGUUUUUUUUGUCUUUCAGAUCUCCCCGCACUCAACUGAUUUUUUGUCUUGUUUUUGUCCCACCCCAGGGUGUAUCAGCAUAGACAUAUAUAUGUAGCUUCAUAUAUAUUUACACACACASAGAGARGAAAACCAAUCAAAUCAAUGGCCAUUUUAUAAUUCAACUGCCUCAUGUUUUACAAACAUGGUUUCUGUAAACAAGGAUGUCAUCAAAGAACUUUUUUCCCAACUCUGUAUUGCGUUUCAUCUUCACUCUGGGACCGUUUUUUUUUCCUCUUGUUUUGGGUUUCCAUUAUUUCGGUUCGAAUUUGAUCAAUUCUUUUGGUUUUGGGGGAGGGGGAAGAACAAACACAUGCAAUCCUAUUUUUCUGGUAGCCAUACUGUUUAUUAAAACACAUGGUAUACAGCUACUGGUACUUUGUGUGACAAUUUUUUU